GGCUCCAGCUCAGCGGCGGGGAUGGAGCUGGAGUGCUCCAGGCGCGGGAGCUCACGCUGCUGACUGCGCGAGCCGCGUCUGGUCUUUCCCUUCUCGCAGUCCGCAGCCCGCGCCGCCCGCCGCCCCAGGACCAUGGACGGCCGGGCCCUAGUCCUCCUGUGCUUCUUCGUGGCAGGACUCAGGGCGCAGAGUGAACCAACCUCACCUGUUUCUCUUCCGGCCAAAGCCACCUCCCUGGCUUCCCUCGGGACCAGCACUGCAUCAUCCAGCUCCGCUGUCCCCACAAUGCCCCCAACGAGCAGCACUCAGAACACCUUGGGACUCCUGGUGACCAUGGCAGCCACGCCAACACCGUUCUCCAAGAACACUUCCUCUGAGCCUGCGAAAGAGGCCAUUACCAGCCCAGCUUCCAGCCAAGAGAGCACCAACCCUGGCUCCUCACCCACUGGGCUCUCCUCAACAGCUGUUGGCAUCCCCUCUGCCCUCACACCUGAGGAACACAGCUUGGGUGGUCCUGAAGCCAGCAUGCCAACUACAGGGUGGCAGUCCCCCACACCCUUAUCCCCACAGGAUGUAGCCUCAUCCCUGUCAUCAUUGUCAACCCUGUCAACUCAACCACCUCCAGUUCCUUCUGCCUCUGUCCCCUCCAACCACAGCUCCCAGGUACCCAGCACCCAACCACCAGCAGCCCCCACGACACCAGUGUCCUCAACAGAGAAGCCCACCUCUGACCACACUGCUGCUCCCCAUACCACAGUGGAACCGGGGACCAAGGAGAACACAGCCCAGGACGCUCAGCCUGGCAAAGUCAUCUGUGCAUCUGAGACUACCACUCCAUUCCUGAUCAUGCAGGAAGUGGGGCACGCGCUGAGCUCAGGCAGCAUCGCCGCCAUCACGGUGACGGUCAUCGCAGUGGUUGUGCUGGUGUUCGGAGUCGCGGCAUAUCUGAAGAUCAGGCACUCCUCCUAUGGAAGGCUCUUGGAUGACCACGACUACGGGUCCUGGGGAAACUACAACAACCCUCUGUACGACGACUCCUAACAGAGGAAAGUGGCCGAGUGCGAGGAAGAACUGCUCUUUAUUUAUAAGUGCUUACCCAGUAGAAUUAAUAUCAAGUACCUGAUGUGCACUGAACGACAAUCUUAAGCCCAGUUUCCUUGGUAUGGUUGUUACCAUUUUCCUCUCUCUCCUCUGGCUGCCACAAUAUCCUCUUUUUGGUAGAAAGAACCCUGAUUUCCAGGUGAGAGGGUCCGAGUUGGCACUGAGGGGGGUCAGACCUCCUCGGCAGCAGCUCCAGCACCCAUCCCAUUCCCACUGUGACAAGGAGUGGUGAGAAGGCUUGGGGGUCUUGUUGGGGAUUAAUUUGUGAAAACUUUUUGGUCAUUUCUUAAGCUUCUGUAUAGAAAAUUACAUUAAGAUCCUCGGAGAACAAGGACGUAGGUCCUGGGAAGCUCUGCCCCUGCAGUGAGGAAGCGGGCUGGUUCAGAUUCCUUUGUAACAUAUUUUGUAUGUCUUGGGGGCCUGCUGGGCCCUAGCACCCAAAGCUGCCCCUUAGCUGCCUAAUUAAUGACAUGGAGGUGGUCCUUGAGGGGCAGCAGGCCAGGGCAGAGCCGCACGUGGGCAUCAGGUAUCCGCCUGGCUCUACCUGUUCUCCCUGCAGGGCCUCUCAGAUUCACAUGGGAUCUCAGCCCCCAAGCUUCCCUCCAGGGGAUGCACUUUGUGACCAGGAGGAGGGAGAGAUGCACAGGGGAAAAGGUGAGGCACCAGCAAGUCCCUUCUGGGGAGUGGAUCAGCUGCCUGGAGGAGCCCAGACAUCUUGCUUUACACCCACAGAGCAACUGAUGCGCCGCCUUACUGCCUGCCAGGAAAUGGUUGUGAACUGUUUUAAGAAAUAAAAAAGAGGCCCUAGUGAAUCUGCAUUUCCACAGGAAGCAGGCACCAUGCACAGUCCAUCUAUUCCCCACACCCUUACCUUACCAGUUCUCCCGCUUGAUAAGGAAACAUCCUUGGGACUGGUCACUAAAAUCUUGUUCACCCAAUAUUGAGAAAGUACUGUGCCUUUGAGGGCAUCCAUUUAUUUCAAUCAUUCUCAACCAAGAGGUGAUUUUUGCCACCCCACCCUGGGGACGUCGGAAAAUACCAGGUGGGAAUUUUUGAUGGCCAUGAGUGCCACAGGGGUGCCAGCGUGGACAGAGGCCUGGACUCCGCUACACAUCCUGCUGUGCCUGGGACAAUAUCUGGUACCAUGGCCCCACCCACAGCCUCCGACGUGCUAAGGCUGAGAACUCCUGUUCACUGCAGAGCCCACGACAGACAGAGAAAACACUCUCCACUCUCGGAUCAUUCACGUCUUAUUUUUACCAAAAUGAAAUUAUAUGUCAAGUUUCUUAGUUUGCUAUUUGAGGGCUUGUUUCCUGGCAUAUGUGAAUGCCCCUUUAGGCCUCUGUGUUUCUGAAGGACUUUAUUUCAAGACUCCACCUGUAUCCUGCUCUGUACUAGCAACUAGCAUCUCGCAUCUGGAUUGCACAGAGUAGAAAGCACAUUUUAAAAUGUGUCAUGUCCCACAGUGUCACAAAGAACAUGAAACUCAGUUUAGACAUCUCAGUGUAGCCCAUCCCAUGGCUGUUUUGGAAAUGACCCUAGAGUCAGAAACCAGGAGCAGCGCCCCUUCCCAUAACCUUUGUCUCACCCUGACAAUGAUUUUCCCUAAGCCCCUUGGGUCCAGGAGAGUUCUCCAGAGGUGCCCACAGCCAGAGAGGGCAAGGAAGAAAAAGUGGGAAGCAAUUAGGUGUCUCUGAAUUCAGCUCAGCGUGGACCAUCCCCAAAACAUGGCUGAGUAUGCCCAGGUGCGCCCUCGCUAUGCUGGGCUUGGAUAAUAUUCUUACCCCAUCCCACACUCCACAGGGCUUUCCACCUGCCAAAGGACAAGUCAAUAAACAGAGCCCUGCAUGAGGUUUUGUCCUCCUCUCUCAGCCCAAAACAUCUGGACGUUAUGUCCAGUGAAUGCCUUUGGGAAGGGACAUAUCAGGACACUGCCUUUGUCCUGUGCCCCUGGGACCAGGAUCAGUCUCUCCCAGGACCCCUUGCUUGUUAAGAGCCCUAGUGUGGCAAAUGCCUUUCCUCACCAAAGGUUGCCAUGGGGACAGCACAGAGCUAGUUUGUCUUUCUAAUUCACUUCUGAGGCUGGUGGCAAAGAGCAGGGUCUGUUUGGCCCCUACUGGGGUGCUCCGUAAGCUGACAGCCUCCGAUGAAAAUUCAGAUGCACCCAUGAUGUUGGUUAGUGUUAAAUACUUAUGGUGCGGCCUUAUUUUGCCAAGUGUAUUUUUUCCGCUUUGGAAUUGGCCAAUGAUUUUAGCAAGUGUAUUUUACAAAUGUUACUCAAAACAUACACGUGUGUGUGUGUGUAUGUGUGUGUGCAUGUGUACCCCUGAAAUAGAUGCCUGUAGCUGACAUCCUUCCCACCAAGGAGAGCCUGUCCCAUCCAGCUGAGAGAAGCUGCAGUGCUUCUGACAGCCACACUCACCCAGGCGGGGUGCUGCCACGGGAGGGAAGCAAGCAGCCUCCUCUCUGUCCAACACACAUGAGCACAGAGUGGGAGUCAGCUGCAUUUUCCUUUUCCAGGGCCCGGCAGAGGUCUCCUGCACAGCCCUGCCCACCUGUGUCUGAGGAGGACAAUGCUGUCACAUUGACUGUGUCCCCUCCUACCUCACAGAGGUGUCCUGAGAAUUCAUGAAAUCAUGUCUAUGGUGUUUCCAAUUCUGGACAGACAUAUUUAUAGACACUUGAAGUAUUGCAAUGGUAUAUAAGUGAUCUCAAUUUCUUGUUUGCUGUGAUACUUGGGUGUUAGUCUUUACUUAUUCUAUAAAACUCCAGUUGUGUCCUAGCUACAUCAGACAGCUUCACUUCCCAGUGAAGUGGACUGGGGGUAGGGUUCACUGUGCCUGGGGUCCCAGAGGAUGGUGUCCAUCUCCUGAUAAAGGACAUGCAAUGAGUUGAGACACAAGAGGCCAGGAUGACACAAAUAGCACUGGCCUUCACCACCUUGAGAUCCUGGGAUUCCUUGUGUGGUCUGAUGUCACUGGUUUGCCCAUCAUCUUGCUUGCAAGGAUGCACGGUUCCAUCCCUUGCGCCUGAGAAAUGAAUUUCGCAACCAGGCCAGAUGCUAAUUUGCACGUUCAUUCACCUUCUUUGCCUUUAACCUUUUGUAGGGCAAAUGAAUGUACCAUUUCAGCUUGGGUCGAAGAGGCACUCAGCGAUACUGGUAAUAGUGCUAAGCAAGAGCUUCUCGCCAGGUUUCUUUCUUAUGGGAAGUUAGCUGACAUCAUGGAAAGGGUAAAAAGACCGGCAACUUCUCUGAUACGUGAUGUCAUUGUGUCUCUCAUUGUUUUAAGACAUGUUGCAUACCAGCGAUAACUGUACCAAUUAAAGUUGAUAAAGGCUG